CCGAACCCAGUUGAAGGUGAAAGUCUUCUUACAUCCCGCUAUCUUUACACCAGCAGGGUCAUUUUUUCCCGUCGCUGCAGGCUUCACUUUGAACAAGCCAUGUCGGUGUUUUCUGAGGUCGCACAAGCGGCCCCCGUGGCUGUCUUUAAGUUAUCGCAGGAUUUCGCCAACGACCAGUUUCCCGACAAAGUGAACCUCGGAGUGGGAGCCUACAGGACAGAUGACGCCAAGCCUUGGGUUCUGCCAGUGGUGAAAAAGGUGGAGAAGAUUAUUGUGCACGAUGACAGGCUAAACCACGAGUAUCUGCCCAUCCUUGGCCUGCCUGAAUUCAGAUCCUCCGCCUCCAAGAUCGCACUGGGAGACGACAGUCCUGCCAUCAAGGAUGACAGGGUUGGAGCUGUCCAAUGUCUGGGCGGUACUGGUGCUUUGAAGAUGGGUGCAGAGUUUCUAAGGCGAUUUUAUAAUGGAAACAACAACACCAAAACACCUGUCUACGUGUCUGCACCUACUUGGGAAAAUCACAACGCUGUAUUCGCCAAUGCUGGCUUUGAUGAUGUUCGUCCAUACAAGUACUGGGAUGGAGAGAAGAGAGGGCUCGAUUUGGCUGGUUUCCUCUUUGAUCUAGAAAGUUGUCCAGAGCGCUCAAUCUUUGUCCUGCAUGCUUGUGCCCACAAUCCGACUGGAACAGACCCCACGCAGGAGCAGUGGAAGAAAAUUGCUGAAGUUAUGAUGAGAAGAAAGCUGUUUGUGUUCUUCGACUCGGCCUAUCAGGGAUUUGCCUCAGGAGAUCUCGAGAAAGAUGCAUGGGCCGUCCGUUACUUUGUCUCCAAGGGCUUUGAAAUGUUCUGCGCUCAGUCAUUCUCCAAGAACUUUGGCCUCUACAAUGAGCGUGUGGGCAACCUGACAAUAGUAGCUCGUGAUGCAGACAACCUGAAGAGGAUUCUCUCCCAGAUGGAAAAGAUUGUCAGGACCACCUGGUCCAACCCGCCGUCUCAAGGAGCUCGGAUCGUUGCUGUCACUCUUAAUUCACCCGAGCUCUUUUCUGAAUGGAAAAACAAUGUGAAGACCAUGGCCGACAGAGUUUUGUUGAUGAGGGCUCAGCUGAAAGCUAAACUUCAAGCUCUGGGAACGCCAGGGACCUGGGAGCACAUCACGGACCAGAUUGGCAUGUUCAGCUUCACAGGCCUGAACACGAAACAAGUGGAGUACAUGGUGAAGGAGAAGCACAUCUAUCUAAUGGCCAGUGGCCGCAUCAACAUGUGCGGUCUGACCACCAAGAACAUCGACUACGUGGCCAAGUCCAUCUAUGAGGCCGUCACCAAGGUGCAGUAGAGCUCUCCACGCUCCCUGCUACCCGUCCUGAUUGCAGGGACACCGUUUGUUUCCAGCAGAUUUUAUUGCACAAAUAUGAAUUGUCUUUCACACAAAUGCACAGACAGCUCAGCUGCCCAUUCCCUUGUGUUUUAAUUAUCGUAAUAAGCUAGGCUAGGAUAAACACAUGCUGGACUAAGGUAAUAUAAAUAUUCACCUUCUUAUACACCAGAUAUAAUUUUGAGAAUAUCACAUAGUUAUGUAUUCAUGUUCAUAUAUUGUUGUUUUCUUUUGUUUUUCUGUGUUGGUCACAUAUAUAUCAUCAGGUCUUUGUAUUUUUCCUCAAUUUUUUUCCACGUCUUGCAUUGUUAGCUGAUGACCUUGGAGAAGGAUAGUAACUCUGAGACGGUGUUGCAGUUACCUCAUUUGUGUGGACUCGAUUGUCUAAAGAUGUGAGAUGUACUGUGACGAGUCCUUUGUUCCAAAUGUUGAUAACAUGUUUCCAGUUUUAUUUAGUCAGCAUCAACUACUGUUAAAACAUCUCAAAAUAGGACAUCGUUAAUAGGACCAAACUAAUUUAAUUUGUAAUUUUCAGGGACCGAUCCAUGACGGAUCACUAUUAUUGCUGGAUGAAAUGUAAAUGCUUAUUUUUCAGGAAUAUAUGUUUUUAUCUUGAACUAUGUUAUUUAUCAAUAAUAAUGCAAUCUGCCUGACUUGAGUUGUACUAAUUACCUCACUUUUCAUUCGAAUUAAUUGAGUCUUUUCCUCCCAGUUUGUACUGAGUGAGCACAGAGGGGCACUGUGUGCAGACAGCAGAGAAAUCUUUGCUCUCUGCUGGAUGCCUUGAUGUUUCUGGUUCUGUCAGGUACCAUCCAGUGAAUGUUGACUGUUCCGAGCACCAUCGCACUCUUAUGCAAGACUGUCAUGGUACAAACAUACUAAUGAUCAACCAGCCAGCGGUCAUAUUCCUUAUUGCACACUAAUAAAACAGACUGUUAAGCAACUUAAUUAAAGCUGUAAGAAUGACUGAAUGACUCAAUAAAGACCUGUAGACAUAA